AUGAAAGCAGUAGCAGAAUCAUGCAGCAUCACUGCAGCACUAAUUACCACAAUUGUGUUUGCGGUAGCCAUUACAGUACCAGGUGGAAGCAAUCAAGAAACAGGCAUCCCUGUGUUUACAAAAGAAAUUGCUUUCACGAUCUUUGCAAUAACAGAUGCAAUCUCACUAUUUGCAUCCAGCACAGCAUUACUGAUGUUCUUGUCGAUCCUCACAGGAAGUUUUGAUGAGAGAGAUUUUCUCUUCACUUUGCCAAGACUACUGAUGAUUGGUCUUUGCACCUUGAUGCUAUCUACAACUGCCAUGAUGGUGGCAUUUGGGGCAACGUUGUUCCUUGUCUUUUGUCAUAAAAGACCAUGGAUGCUUGCUCCAAUUUGUGUAUUAUCUUCGGUCCCGAUUGCAACUUUUGGCACACUUCAAAUCCCCCUCAUAGUAGAUCUCUGUCGGUCGACAUAUGGACACAUCUUCGGCAUUCCAAAAAAAAUUAACAAAUUGACGUCGGAUAACAUACAAUUGUUUUUUGGUAAGUGA